UGUCGAAUUCUACUCGCGGGGAAUGAAGGGUCUUGUGCAUUUCAAGGUUUAGAUUGCUGCAUUUUGAUUCUGGAGAACAAAUUUAGUGUAAAGUCUGUAACUUGAAGUUGGAAUUGCUGGUUUUUGCUCGAGUUUACGCCGAUUCAUAGCCUAGGAUGAACUGUAUAAAGCAGUCCAUCUUGAGGCACAUCAGGUUGAGGGCCUCUGCUGGAACACGUGCUUUUGGAGCCGAGGAUGGAAGUGUAAUGGAGCAACUGACCCGGCUGAUGUGCACGACGACAACUCAUAGCCCGGAUCAGAUAGUUGAUAGAGUGGUCAGGCUUGUGAAAAAAUUCGAUAAGAUCGAUGCUAGUAAGGUGACUGAAACUGCGGAUUUCCAGAAAGACUUGUCCCUGGAUAGCUUAGACAAGGUGGAACUUGUCAUGGCUCUCGAGCAGGAAUUCUCCAUCGAAAUCCCUGAAGAGGAAGCAGACAAACUCGCUUGCUGUGCCGACAUUGCUAGAUUCAUAGCUUCUGGUUCUGUAAAAGCUGCCGAGAGCUCGUGAGUUCAUUUGCUGUAAUCGGCGGACGGGUGUUUCAUUGAUAUCUUUGUUUGAUUCAACUGAAUCGAGAUUCGAAGUUUUAUCGGUCAUUUUGAUUUGGAGGAAAAUAGAGAAUCUGUACGCAAGGAUUGCAAAUUGCUGUAGCAAGGAAAACUCCAUUAUCAGGUCUUGGUUCUGAUUUAUAAUUUGCAUCAAUGUUCAGCUUUUGUGUGACUCAUGUCCCCUUGGACAUAGAUAAGAACCUCUUUUGCCAUUA